AUGAAGGCUGCGUUUGGGUUUGACACAGACCUUCAAAUGAAUCCAGAUGAAGCAUGCAUUCGUGAAUCAGUGGAUGCCAUUCGCCUCUUCAGCCUUUUUGCGUUAGAAGUCAUCAUGAAGGCUGCGUUUGGGUUUGACACAGACCUUCAAAUGAAUCCAGAUGAAGCAUUCGUAGAGAAAGCCAGGAACGCUUUCCAAACUCCUCUCUAUGUCCGUACGUUUUCGUUGCUGCCGUUUUGGACAUAUCUAAGUCGAUAUGUCAACCUCUUGCCCGGUACAGACUUCUUCACUGCCUUGGCAAGGAACAUGCUUCAGCAAAAAGCUCAACAGGGUUCUUCCAACAAAAGAGAUUUGCUGCAGUUGAUGUUGGAGGCCCACGAGGUCACUGUCAACGGAGUCAGCAAGUUAAACGAUGAUGAAAUCAUGGCCCAAUCCAUAACCUUCUUGUUAGCCGGGUUUGAGACCACAGGCACCACUUUGUCUAGCACGGCGUAUUUCCUGGCUACUCAUCCAGACGUUCAAGACAAGCUCAUCGAGGAGAUCGACAAAGCAGAUGCUGCUCGCGGUGACACCCCGCUGUACGACUACGUGCAAAGCAUCGGGUACCUGGAUCAAGUCGUGUGCGAGGUCCUACGUCUCUGUGCUCCAGCCUUUCUCCUUCUCCGCGGCUGCGAAGAGGAGGCUGUCUUCAAAGGCGUCCGCUUUCCCAGGGGAGUUGAAGUCAACGUCCCUACGUAUGUCCUUCACCGAGACCCUGAAGUGUGGGACAGCCCCCUUGAGUUCAACCCGGAGAAUUUCUCCCCUGAAGCAAAGGAGAAGCGAAAUCCGUAUUCCUUUCUCCCGUUUGGAACAGGCCCUCGGCAGUGCAUCGGUAUGCGUUUCGCUCUGUUGGAGAUUAAGCUAGGCCUGCUGAAAAUCAUGCAGCAAUUCAAGUUCGAACGCGCUCCAGAAACCGUAGCUACACUGGAACAUCGAGCCGUUAUACUGAUGAGGCCAAAAGACAAAAUAUAUGUGAAGGUCAGGCCACGUUGAAGCGUCCAAGGAACGUUAUAUUUUCUCUUAUUCUUUGUCAACUUGGCCCAAACGUCAAGUAAAUUAAAACAGGUGAUCACGAAUGAUUAUGGAUGCACUCUAUUUUUAGCUUUACUUGACAAUGUAAUUUUAACGGAUCCCCAAAAGGUUCUUGCCAGAUCCUAGGACAGUCGAACCUCUCCAAGAAGGUCACGUCGAGAAGAGAGGAAUUAAGAGGCCGUUGUAGAGAAGUGGCCAUUAUGUAGAGUUAUGGAUGUAACAUGACACCUGCCUCUUUUCGUGGGUGCGAUAUUUUGAUCUUUUUAAUGUUCAGUGUAGCAAGAACAACAACAACUUUAUUAUUAUGACUCGCAUAUUUACUACUUAGUUUACAGAAAUAGAUAUACAGAUUAAGUUUAAAAUGUUUGUAGCACAUAGACACAUGGCACAAUCGAAAUAUAUCAAUAAAACAGAAACCAGUUAGAAACAGAUACCAACGACGCACGAUAAAAAAAUCUUGUGUCAUGACCUUUAGCAAUAAA